AGGUGUAUCAGACUACAACACACAGAACCUAAAUAUUUUGACCACAUGUUAUUGCUGGAUUCACUUCUGGUUAACUUCUAUUUUAGCCGGUCAAUAUAUAAUUGCUCAUUUAUAUUUAAUGGUGCCUAUUCUGUAUUCCGACGGAUUUCUAUUUCGUUCGAAAGUGAUAUUUCGAUCGUUUUCGAAUUUACCAUUCCCUAUUCCAAUCGUUUUGCUCGUUUCGAACGAAAGUGUUAGAAAAUUUCGAAUAUGCAUCGAUCUGUCAAAAACCGAUAAACAAAAAGAAACACCGUAUUAAAUAGCGGCGAGUGCGAGUUGAAUUUCAGUUAAUUUUUGAUCCUAAGAGAAAUUUGUGAGAAAAUUUUCUCGUUCAAUGGAUUCCGUUUUGUUACCGAUUUUGGCGGAGCAAGAAGAAAUUGGAAUGCCUUGCUACCAUCGGCGAAACCACCGAAAAUCAACCGACUUCAUGAAACUUUCUGAUGAAGCGUAAGUAUCCGUCUCAAAAAUCCCAUGUUUGUUUCUCUUAUUGAUUAAUUUUGCCCUUAUUCAGAUUCAUCAAAAGUUUUCGUCUAAGUAAGGAAGCUUUUCGGUACGUUUUAGAGGAAAUUGAGAACUGCCUUACCACAAGGAAAGGUGGUCUAUCCACGGAGGUGAAACUCGCAGCAUGUUUGCGAUUCUUUGCUGAAGGAAAUUAUCAACAUGGAGCAGGGCAAGAUUAUCACAUUGCCAUAGCACAGCCCACAUUUUCCAAGGUGCUGACUGAAAUGCUUAACAUUCUGGAGCGGACACUGUGUAAGAAAUGGAUUUCCCUAAAUAUGACGGAAGACGAACAGCGGCGUGCUAACCCAGCAAACAUUAAAUCGCACAACAAGCGUAUAUAUAUCAUCAUAUGCCCUAAAAUUUGGUUGGCAUAUAAUGCGCCUAACUGGCAUAUGCAUGCAAAAGUGGAGGCCAUAUACAUACAUGGCAAAUGCUUACCGAAUUUGUUUGGAUGAAUAUGCAACUUUGACCGGCUAUAAUAGCGACUUGUGCCCUACUCAUAUACGAUUUAUUACAGACAUAGAAAAAAAACAAAUGGCGCAAAAUAUUUUCGUGAAAUGUUUAUUAUAGCCUCACGAAACGCCAUUUUUAUAUAUGAGUAUUUAUGUUUGUAGAAAUAAUAAUUGUUUGAUUGACUUGUGUUGGGAGUGGAAUUGAAUGUUUAAAAUGGCACAGAUUGAUGUUUGGUGAAAACUGCUCCGAUAUGGGUUCGAACUCCGAUCGUCUGGAUUAUCAUCCACCAGCUAUCUCGCGCGGCUAUCUGAAAUUUAAUUCAACAGCGGUUAAAACUUUCGAGUGCAUCAGCAUUUCAUUGACAUUUCAAUAUGAUGUAAUAUGUCCUUUAUUAGGAUCUAAUAUGAUUUACUGUUUCAUGAUUUUCUUCAGCAUGCAACACGAUUUACUACAGUACUAAAUCGAUUUAAAUUAUACGCUUAUACGACACACAAACUGCAUCAGCGUAAUAUACGCAUAUGAUGCGGAUUAAAUAUAUUUUACGACAAUGUACAUCAUAAAAUUGAUGUUUAUUAUACCGAUAUGCGACUUAAUUUGAUAAUGGUAUAUAAAAUCGAGUUUUUACAUUUUAUGCGAUUUCAAAUAUACACGAUACAUACUUUGAUUGAUAUUAUAUGCGAUUAUGAUUUAUUCGGAUUUCUUGUAAGACUUGGCACGUGCAAAAUUAUACGAUUUAAUGUUUGCUGGGAAACUACACUUCUAUCAGAAAACAUCAAUUCCGGGUGUUAUUAUGUGUUUGGAUGGAACCCACGUAAAAAUUAUUCCACCUAAGCUGAAUCGAAAUUUGUUUUUUAAUCGGAAGGGAUUUUAUAGUCUCAACGUUCUGAUUGUUUGUGACGAUCAGCAAAGGAUUCGUUUCGUUGAUCCUACCUUCCAGGGAUCUAAUCAUGACUCUCAUAUAUGGCGUGUAAGCCCUGCAAGAACUCACUUUGAGCAGCUUCACCAAAAUGGUGAAGUUAAUACUAAGAUUCUAGGUGAUGCUGGUUAUCCAUCGGAACCUUGGUUAGUAACGCCAUUCAGAGCAGCGGAGGAAGGGAGUUUGGAGAGCGAUUUUAAUCGCAGGCAUGCCUUGGGUCGUGCUAUCGUCGAGCGGACAAUCGGUUUACUAAAAAAUCGGUUUAGAUGCAUCCUUGGCGCGAGACAACUUCACUACAAUCCUACUAAAUGCGCUCAAAUUAUAAAUGUAUGCUGUGCACUUCACAAUAUAUGCUUAGAAUUUGGUCGUUCUCAGUAGUUAUAAUAUGUUAUGCAGCUGUUUACAUAAUAAACUUUUGUUUAAAUUAAUAUUUAUGACUGUUAAAUUUCAUCUAACUUGUUUGCAAAUGCUCAAAUAAAUAACAACCACCGGAAAAGGAAGUGUCUUCCUUACUUAACUAUGGUUUCGGCAGAAUUAUUUACUCUUAUUCCUGCCAACACUUUGAGAACAUGUCAUUAUCGAUUUCUCGUAAGCAGGCCAAGUAUUCAAAUAACCAUUAUUAAUACUUUUUGCGUUGUUUUAACCCCUUGCUGUACGAUUUAAUUUCCAACAGCACGGCCCAAAACGAGCACUUCGAGUCGUUCCGCUACUCUGCUGAGUGUGGGUAUCUAACAUGGGUGCCCUAUGAUGAGCAAAUACAUGUUGUGUUUAAAAUAAAAACGAAGGAGUUAUUACUACGUACUAACUCGUUCGUUUUUAUUUUAAUUAUAAUAUUCAAAUUAUAUUUUAUAUUUUUAGCUCAUUCAAUUUUUUUUUAAAUAACGGAAAUUUGAUAAUCUUCAGUUGUCGGUAUCCUCAUCAUAUGCCUGAAGCUAUGUAAUUAUUUCACAUCGAGAAACAACGAGUGAAGUUCAAUGUUGUACGUGAAGGGGUUAAGGAAGUUCCAUAAACUAUAGGCGAAAUUCGUGAAUUUUAAAAAAGUUUAUAUAAUUUUGAUGCUAUUCCAAACAAACUUCAAAGAAAAAAUUAAGUAAGAUUUUUCUUCCAUGGAAAGAUAUAAAAAUACGAUUAGAACUUUUUUCAUUUUUUUAUACUUGAGUUACAAUAUAAAGAUAAAAAAUCAGAUCACUGAUAUUUUGAAACAUUAUUCUAAUGUUCUGAAAUAUACGCAAUCUGCGUUUCAAGGAUUUGUCGCUUGACUAUUGAUUUCUCCAGCGCGAUCUUCUCCAUCUCGUGGUUAUGUCGUUUUUGUUCACUCAGAUGUUCUUUGAGUGUGGCAUCCACGGAAAGAAUCGCUCGAGCUGAUUGGCGCUGAUAAUGAACCAGAUCACUCAAAUUCUUGUUUGUGUUUUUUAA